AUCUUAAAGCGGAUGAUUCUUUUUAUGCAUCACUAUAUAAUACUCAAUAUAAAUAUCAUAAAGUUAAUAACGUUAAAGAUAACAUGUUUCAAGAAACUAGCAAUAAUGCUCAAGAUUUACCAAAACUCGAUGUAGACAAAGUUGCUUCAUUUGUUGAAACAAUCAAGUAUGAUUAUGAAAAUACCUUAACAACAUUUUUAUAUAAUGUUAAUCGCAAUACUAAUCCACUUGUCUGUAUGAGAAGUGGAACCAAAAUUCGUAUGCAAGUUAAAUCAGUAAAGCACAGAAAACUUGUUGAUAAUAAAAAGAACAGCGAUCCUCAUAUAAUUUCAGCACGUAAGGUUUGGGCAGUUGGUAAAAAAGGGCAUAGACUUAGCGAAAAUACUAAGUUGAAUUAA